GUCGGGAAACAAUGCGCCUGCAUCUCGCGCUCCCGCGCCGAUCCCGGGAGCGUCCGGGUCGCCGUGCGCGAGCAAGGGAGGGAGCGCGCGUGUGGGAGGGCGCGCUCUUGGGUGCGGGCCGCGCGCUCGGUGGCGCGCAUGUGCGUGUGUGCGGGCUACCGGGCUGCCCCGAGCUGGCCGGGAGCCGGUCCGCUCCAGGUGGCGGGCGGCCGGAGCGAGGGAGCAGACAUGGACUUCGACUCGUACCAGCACUAUUUCUACGACUAUGACUGCGGGGAGGAUUUCUACCGCUCCACGGCGCCCAGCGAGGACAUCUGGAAGAAAUUCGAGCUGGUGCCGUCGCCCCCCACGUCGCCGCCCUGGGGCUUGGUUCCCGGCGCCGGGGACCUGGUCCCUGGAAUUGGUUCCCCGGAGCCGUGGCCCGGAGGGGGCGCUGGGGACGAGGUAGAAUCCCGGGGUCACUCGAAAGCUUGGGGCAGGAAUUACGCCUCCAUCAUCCGCCGUGACUGCAUGUGGAGCGGCUUCUCCGCCCGGGAACGGCUGGAGAGAGCGGUGAGCGACCGGCUCGCCGCUGGCGCGCCCCGGGGGAACCCGCCCAAGACGCCCGCCGCCCCGGACUGCGCUCCCAGCCUCGAAACCGGCAACCCGGCGCCCGCUGCCCCCUGUGUGCUGGGCGAGCCCAAGACCCAGGCCUGUUCGGGGUCCGAGAGCCCAAGUGACUCGGAGGGUGAAGAAAUAGACGUUGUAACAGUGGACAAGAGACAGUCCCUGGGCGUACGGAAGCCAGUCACUAUCACGGUACGAGCAGACCCUUUGGACCCCUGCAUGAAACACUUCCACAUCUCCAUCCAUCAGCAACAGCACAACUAUGCUGCCCGUUUUCCUCCAGAAAGCUGCUCCCAAGGAGGGGCUUCAGAGAGCGGUCCCCAAGAAGAGGCUCUGGAGAGAGAUGCUCCAGAGGAAAAGGAAGAUGAGGCAGAUGAAGAGAUUGUGAGCCCCCCACCUGUAGAAAGCGAGGCUCCCCAGUCCUGCCACCCCAAACCUGUCAGUUCUGACACCGAGGAUGUGACCAAGAGGAAGAACCACAACUUCCUGGAGCGCAAAAGGCGGAAUGACCUCCGUUCGAGGUUCUUGGCCCUGAGGGACCAGGUACCCACCCUGGCCAGCUGCUCCAAGGCCCCCAAAGUAGUGAUCUUGAGUAAGGCCUUGGAAUACUUGCAAGCCCUGGUGGGAGCGGAGAAGAGGAUGGCUACAGAGAAAAGGCAGCUCCGGUGCCGUCAGCAGCAACUGCAGAAAAGAAUUGCAUACCUCAGUGGCUACUAACUGACCAAAAAGCCUGACUGCUCUGUCUUAUAAAGACUCGAGUUUAUUUUUUAACCUUCCCUCUCCCCUUUAGUAAUUUGCACAUUUUGGUUACGGUGGGACAGUCUGGACAGUAGAUCCCAGAAUGCAUUGCAGCCGGUGCACACACAAUAAAGGCUUGCAUUCUUGGAAACCUUGAAACCCGGCUCUCCCUCUUCCCUGGCUCAUGGGAGCACUGUGUCUUCUCUGGCGCCUUUGCUUCCCAGGCAGUCAGCUGACUGAGGAGCCUUGGGGUCUGCCUAGCUCACUAGCUCCGAAGAAAAGCCUGACAGAUGCUAUGCAACAGGUGGUGAACAUUGUCGGGGGGCUCCAGCCUGCAUGAAAUCUCACACUCUGGAUGAGCUCUAGGCUGGGAAAGGAUGCUCCCGCUGGUGUCUCUGGGGUGAUGCUAGGACAUCUGGGCCUGGACGCUCUCCCUGAGGCUCCUUUUUCCAGGAGACACAUGAGCUGUCUCGGGUGAAGACAAGCUCACAGACUCGAUCAACAUGGACCAUUACCUCACUGUCAGACACUUUACAGUAGCUGAGUUGGAAACCUUUAAUAUAUAUCUUAUGAUGUUAGAUGACACCCCUCCUCCCACUCACAAUGCUGCGACCUUGAGAACAUUUAAAGAGCUUGGCCUCUCGAUUUUGUCUCAAAGCCCUCUGGGCCCUUUCCUCUAAAGGAGAGACCAUUCUGUCCUCACAAGGGGCUUUUUUGUUCCCUUCUGCCUUUGUUAUACAAUGGGCCCUACAGCACCUCUUUCCCACAGGUCAGAAAUAUUUCCCCAAAACACAUGGAAAUGGGUCCUAGCCUGCAGCCUGAGGAAGCCUCGGAGUCCUGGCUGUGAACUUGUCCCCUGCCAGGUGUUUUCCAUCCCGGAAUCUUUUCUCAAGGCUGAUGUCAGGCACCUGGGGAGGGAGACCUGUACCACUUCCUCUUUCCCACCUCAUCUCAGUCCCUGACUGAUAAGGUUGAAGUUCUACCAGAACUGUGCAAACCUGUCCUCAUGCAACUCCAAGGAGCUUGCUGGCUCUGCAGCCACCUUUGGGCCCCCUGCCAGCCUGACAUGAGUCAGAUCCCUUUCCAGAAUCUGGGCCUUACUGAAGUUCUUACUGAGAGAGCUGCUGGGACUCACCUAGUGCUCCGGAAGGUGGACUAGCUUUCUGGUGGGUUUUAGACAAGCUUUCGGUAGCUCUGCUCAGCAGACCAUGUUGGAUUUUGCCCCAGCUGGACUCAGCACCUCCAAGUGGAUUCCAGGUGCAGCCUCCAGUCUUGGAAAGGCACCCAACCCAACAGGUGUCAUGUGAGCAACCUCAGGGCAACCUAAGCCUGGCCUGGAAGAAGAACUGGCCCCUUCAGAACUCUGUCCAGGGCAGCAGGUGCCUGCUGGCUGUGGGUUUGAAAGGCGGGGAGGGGAGGAUGGUUGAGCAGUAUUCGUGGCUCUGGAAAGCCAGCUGCUACUUCCAAACCUAUUAUGCACGAUAGUCUGUUUCUGAGGUUGCUUCCUGGCCUCAGAGAACUCCAGUGAAGUUUGGGAAAAGUUGUUCUACCUUCUGCAGCAUGGUUUUCAGGAGCCAAAUGACUUCUGGAACUGUCUUUGGAAAAUAAGGUGGAUGACGGUUACUGGUGUCUCACCUGAAUAGCUUGUGUUUUAUAAGCUGCUGUUGGGUAUUAUGCUGGGAGCAGUCUUUUUUCUUUUUAAUACUGUAUUUUUGUAUGCCUUUUGCAAAGUGGUGUUGUUUUUGUACGAGAAAAAAACUCUUGGGCAAGUCUCCUGUUGCAAGAGUCUGAUUUAUUUUGAAAGGCAAGUUUACCUGAAAUUUUGUAUUUCAUUGUGAUUAUCGAUUGCCUGAUUUUAAAAUGUUGCCUUCUGGGACAUCUUCUAAUAAAAGAUUUCUCAAAUAUGUCAGAGUGGGGGCAGCUUAUGCCAACCGAACCCCCUUGAACCAAGGAAAACUAUUUCGGAGUAGCCGCAAGUGAUCCAGAGGGUUGCAUUUCUCUAACCAUGUUGCUAACCUGGUCAUUCCACUUUGGGUUCCUGGAAUGCCAUUUCAGACAUGUCUGAACAAUGUAGGCUCAGUACUUGGUGAACACAAAAUUCUCUUGUGAAUUGCAAAGAGUGCUGAAUUUGUACUUUAGAAGCUGGAAAUCCCGGUUCCACCACUUACUUAUUCUGUGCCUUUUCGCUUUACCUUUCUGAGCCCUGGUGUCCUUAUCUGUAAAAUGGGGAUAAAUGCUACUUCACAGGGGUUUGGCAGGUAUUAAAUGAAGUAAUAGACUUUAAACUGCUUUCUAAACUAUAAAGCCUUAUAUUCUCCAGGGUGAUACUGUGCUUACUGUAGAGGUAUGAUGACUCUUUGCAGGAUGUCUUUUUAAAAAUCCUCAGAGAAUUUGUGAUGUAAUGUGAUUUUUUUUCUUCCUCAAUUAAGCGGAGAAAAUCAAGUUUCCUUUUCUCUCCCAUAGUUCUCAUAAACUUGCCGUAGAUGCAAAAGGGGAGAAUUUAAUGAUAGCUGUUCCUGAUGGAGCACUGCCUAUGUCUAAGUACUUUGCUCACUGCUGCAUAUAACGCCACACCAAACAUGGGCUGGGGCUGCAGAAGAGGAAACUGAGGUUCUAAGAGGGAAACAAAACUGCCCGAAGUCACAUGGCUAGUAAGUAAAUAAGUUGGGAUUUGAAACCAGCUUUGCCAGAGGUCUUAUCCACUUUAUAGUAAUGAUCAGCUGGUUUUGUUAGCAUGGGGUAUGUGGAGGAGGACAACAUGGAACUCCAUCACCUAACUGCUUGCUGGAACCAUCUCUCCUUGGAGCCACUGCCCCUACCACUUACUGGGAGGAAGAGGAGCGAAUGUUCCAUGACCAGCUACUCUCCUGCAUUUGUGGGCUGGGUGGGUUAGUCUUGCCCCAAAGAGGCCCUUUCUGGGACUGUGAAAGGAAAAUGGUUGCUGUUCAGAAAGGCCAGGAGCAUCGUGGUGGGAGAAGGCCACUUGGCCUCAGCUAAUCCUGCCUUAGAGCUGAGACCUGGGUCAGUGUUGCCUGCCUGCACUGCUAUGGAGCUUGAGAUGAGUCCAAAGGCGACUAUAAAUUCCUCAUAUUUAUAAAGUGACCCUCAUCACAACCUGGUAAGUAAGCAAAAUCUGCCAUAUGGUACUGGAGCCCAGAGAAGUUUCUUGCUCAAGGUUGCAUAAUAAAAUCAGUAUUCCAAA